UUUACUGAUGUUUGUUUACCAUGCUUUGUGCCUCUUAAAUGCUGUGAUGUAAACUGCCUUGGAUCGAUGUCGCUUACACCCAAUCUCACAGAAUCAAUCGUGGUUGUCACUGAGCAAGGUCGGUUUCUGUUAAAGGGAACUAAUUUUGUUUGUGAUAGUUGCCAUACUGUUAGGAAAGCCACUAUCGACGACUAUAUAUUUUCUGUUUUUUUCCCUGCAAGUUUAUCAGAGAAAGUUACAUCUUUUUCAGAAGAGGCACUUCUAUUAGGGUAUCACAUUUCCCACAAGUGUCCAGGUUCUUCAAAGAACAUGUACGCUCGCACUCUUGAAGACGUAUCUAAAGAAUAUGGACGGAAUGGACCGAUUAACGUACCGUUAUUUACUACUGCGGAAAGAGAGUGGGAAACCUGUCGCCACUAUAUUGACCAAGAAGUGCUGAAAAGAGACAAAACUCAUUGCCCAAGUUGUGGGAAAGAACCUUUAGUCAGAUCUUCUGACGCUAUCGUAAAAUUGAGGCGCUUAAGCUCGGCUGGAAAAGUGCACAAUCCAGAAAACGAAAGAACAAUGGAACAGCCACAGGCGAGGUUUGGAAACUUAGUUAUCAAAUCCGAUACAGAAGUUGAAAAUUUCCGUCAAAGGAUUUACAACAAAGUUUCUACUACAAAAAAGAAACAGAUGUGUGGGGGAUCGGCUUUUAAGGCCGCAAGAGAAGACUCCAAUGAACAAAAGAAGUAUGACGAGACUGGGCUCGUCGUUAGCUCUUGCAAGCACUGCGUUGUACCAUACGCAAUCAACAUGUUUAAAGGUGAAUCGUGGACCCAUACUGCAUUUAUGCACAACGAAGCCAUGAAAAGUAACGCCAAAUUCUUCUGCUACGACGUGGUAUGCCAAUACUGGAAAUGGAUGAAAACAAAAGUGGCUCGUCAUUUUCCUGAAUACCGUAAUCUAACAAGUGAAAUGACAGGAAUCUUGCCUAUCAUGCAUAAGAAUGCACAUCAAUUGCCAUGCAAGAUUUUAUGGAAUCCCCGCUGGACAACUGGAAUGGGCUUAACAGGAGGAGAAGAGCACGAGCAAGUUUUCUCCAAAUUGUAUCUAUAUGCUUAUGUGCUAAAGCAUAUGGCAAAACAUAGUAAUAGAGCUUCUUACUGUAUUUAUUAG